UCCCUUUCUCCCGACAAAAUUUUCAGUUAAACACGCAAUCCAUCGUCACUCCGAAAUCAAUACAACCCUCAAAUGUCUAAUAACUUAUUCCAAGGCCUCCCUCCUCCUUCUGCCCCACCGCCACCACCACCUCCGGCCGACCAACCAUCAUCCAGUGAUCCUCCCGCCGCCGAUGUUUCUCCAAUCCCACCUCCUCUCAAAAGCGCCCUUAAACGCCCUAAACCCUCCCUCGAUUCCCAACCUCAAGAAACUGCCCCAAAGAAAAGUGCGAGGUUUAAAACGAUUGCGGAUACGUCGGAAACGAAAGUCAUAGAUGCAAUGAAAAAGAUAGGUUCGCAUAUAAAUAACGUUUCGAAGUUCAGUAAGGCGUCAAAGCUUGCUUUACAGCUCAUUCAGGCAGGAAGCGUUAAACCGAGUAAUAGUGAUUAUUUUUUUGCUAUUCUUGAAGCUGCAAUGUUGUCGUUAACCACUUGUAAUGAUCCUUCGGUUAGGGCGGAUUACCAUGCGUUGUUCUCCGCUGCACAAGACUUGGGUGAAUGUUUUACGGAGAAGCAAAGGAAGCAAUUGGGCGUAUGGAAUAUUAGAGCCGUUUUGGCAAACGAUCUAUUUACCGAUGACAGUUUUGUGUUUUCAAAGGCUUGUGGGAGAAUCAAAGAGGCUCUCUCAAAUCUUCCUGUAGCAACAAAAGAUGAUGACAUAGAAGAAGCUGCUGCCUUAAAUGAUGAAUCAGAAAAAGUAGAUGCUAAAUGUCAAACAGAAGAACAGGCUUCCUUGAAUCCUAUACCUGAAUCAAGUGUCAAAGAAGAGUCUGAUCCUUUUGGACUAGAUGCUCUGAUUCCUAAUGUUUUAAAAAAAGGUGAAAAAGUAAAAGCAAAAUUAGAUGCUGAAGCAACAGCGUUGAAAAUAAGAAAGGAAGAAGAUGAAGAAGCAAAGAGAUUCUUGAAAUCAGAACGAGAAGCAUUGAUUCUCUGUUUAGAGAUUGCUGCAAAGCGCUAUAAAAUACCAUGGUGCCAAACAGUGAUAGACAUAACUGUAAAACAUGCGUUUGACAAUGUUAGAAGAUUUACCUCUAAGCAGAGGAAUGCUAUUGAGAAACUAUGGGCUUCUGUUAGAGAGCAACAAACCCGAAGGAAGCAAGGGAAAUCGGUAUCUGGGAAACUCGAUGUGAAUGGUUUCGAGUGGCUACAGCAGAAGUACUCAACCGAAAAAAUAAGUAUACGCCAUUCUGUUGGUGGUAAUACUCGUCGUGCUGAACAAUGGCUUGGCUGAUUACAUGGUAUUUGUUUUUGAGUCUCUGUACUAUGUUAAAAAUAGAUUCAAGUACAAAGAGUUAGAACUAGACAGUUUAAAACAAAACCAACCUAAUUGUAUGUUUAAUUGUGUACAUUCAACAUGCCCGUGGCUUUUUCUUUU